CUCGCUGUCAAGUGGAUUUAAUAGACAUGCAAGCUCAGCCUGAUGACCAUUACAAGUUCAUAAUGGUCUAUCAAAAUCACCUUACGAAGUUCGUAAUUCUUAGACCGUUAACUCAUAAACGGGCUGAAGAAGUAGCCUACGUGUUAAUUGAUAUUUUUACAACAUUUGGAGCCCCGGCAAUUUUGCAGAGUGAUAAUGGAAGGGAAUUCGCCAAUAAAGUUGUUAUUGAGUUGUGUAGUAUGUGGGAAGAACUUAAGAUUGUCCACGGAAAGCCUAGACACUCACAAAGUCAAGGGUCUGUUGAAAGGGCCAACCAAGAUAUUCAAAAUAUUCUCGCAACAUGGUUAGCCGAUAAUAAUUCCAGAAAGUGGAGCGAAGGUCUUAAAUUUGUUCAAUUUAUGAAGAAUCGGAGUUUUCACCAUGGUACAAAACGUUCGCCAUACGAAGCUAUGUUCGGAACACGUGCUAAAGUUGGCCUAAAAUCAACCCAAAUUCCAACCGAUUUAAUUUCUACUUUAAAAUCAGAGGAAGAUUUAGAAAAAGCUCUAGGCUGUGGAAUUAAUAUCAAAAACAUAAACGAGAAACACGAAAAAAGUGAUGGAAGUGAUAAGGACAGUGCAAAAGAACUUUUUUCUGAUGAAGAUGAAAACGAUCAAAUAAAAUUGAGAAUAGAAUCAAUUUCUUCAAAUCGAUCGAAAUCUGCUGAAAAUCUUAAAGUACAAGCUAAAAAAAUGAAGAAUUUAUCUGAAGAACUAAAAGAUAAUUUAUAUGAAAUUGGAACAAACGAGGGCAGACUACAUCAACUCUACAGUCGGAACCAAUUCACAAUAUGCAAAGAGGUGUUUAUCCAGGCUGAUGAUGUACCACCAGUACACAUUUCAUUAAGAGAAGUGGCAAGAUGUAAAAUGUAA